UUAGCAAAAGAAAUUCGCACAAACCCCAAGGUAAACCCCAACCUAUGUCUAUUAGUACCAGAUUUACGGGAAUCCCAUCGAAAAAGAACUAUAGACCAAACUACUUCCAGUCUACAGGAAAACCGAAUUUCACGUUCGAAGAACUAACCAACGUUGAAACUAAUCCACCCAAAUUUGAAUACCAAUACCCUAAUUACGAAAAUGCAACUAAUGACAAUCAAAAUAUCGAUAAUGACACCGAGGAAUUCGAAAACGACAACUACUACCAGCAUACCUUCGAUUUCGAAGCCCCUGAAAACUUUUCCACAGAAAAUCUAAUCAAAAAUUGACUUUUACUAACAAAAUUAAACAUGAAAUUAAAACCACGGACGAUAAACCAAUUUACACAAAGUCUUAUAGAUACUCUCACGUUCAUAAAAAUGAGGUAAGGAAACAGAUAACAAAGAUGCUAGAAGAUGGUAUUAUCCGACCCUCUCAAUCACCAUGAAGUUCCCCCAUUUGGAUAGUCCCAAAGAAACUCGAUGCAAGCGGAAAACAAAAAUGGCGCAUCGUAGUUGACUAUCGAAAAAUUAACGAGAAGACAAUC